UAUGUAACAAACAAGGCCUAGCCUAUCUUCACAAUCACUAUUAAAUAUCACUACCUACGGAAAACCUUUCUUGAGCAUGGCUCCUUCUCCUUGCGUAACAUCCACGAUUCCCACUCCCAAAAGCAUGGCAGAAACCGCCAUAGACGGAGGCGCCGCCGCCACCCUCUUCUCAACCUUACCUCCGGAUAUAAUUCAAACUCACAUCCUGUCUCGCCUUGACGGCUCCGCUCUCGCAUCGGCUGCCGCCACAUGCUCUCAACUCUACGCCCUCUCCUCCCAAGAAGAUCUCUGGGUCAGCCUCUGUCACUCCACGUGGCCUUCCACCAGCUCUCCACGCCUCCACCACGUCAUCCGGAGUUUCCCCCACGGUUUCCGGUCUUUCUUCUCCGAUUCUUCCACUAUACCCCGGCCAAUCACGACCACUCCUCGAAACUCGCACAUCAAUCUCGACCGCACUCCGGAACUGAUCUCCGCCAUCGACCUUUAUUACCGCCGAGAACUCUUGCUUUCCAAGGUGGUGGAGACCGAAACAGUCUCCGAUUGGUUCAGGUGCUCGCCCUUCCGCGUGGACAUACUAGAGCCGAAAGACGUGGUUCAAACAGUAGUGAGAUAUCCGGAGAAUAAGGACAGGUGUCGGGAGCUCGCGGAGGAGCUGACGCUGAGCUGGAUAGUGAUAGACUCGAGCGGAGGGCGAGCGAUGAAUGUUUCGAGCCAGAAGCCGGUAUCGGUGCAACGGCACUGGCUGAGCGGGGAGGUGGAGGUGAAGUUCGCGUCAGUCAUGGGGGGAGAAAAAGGAUCGUCGUCGGAGCUAGCGCUGUGUAAUGUGUUGAUGACGCUCAUAGGGGCGGAGGGAAGGGAAAUGCAGGUGAGGGAGGGGAGCUUGCAGAUGGAGGACAUGGAUGGGAUGAACUUGAAGGGGAGGGACAGUUUGUUGAUUUUACAGAGGGCGUUGGAGGGCAAAAGGGAGAGUAAGAAUAGAGGUAGGGAGGGAUACGGAAUGUUUGGUAAUCGGAAGAGGGAGAGGAAAGAGAAAAUGAUGAGGAGAGAGGGGGCUUUGGAUAUGGUGUGCGUGUGCCUCGCUACGUUGUCGUUUGUGGGUCUUCUUUACAAUUUUGUUGUGUGCAGAGUGUAGACAUGAUAACAGAACAGAGGCUGAUGGCAUUACGUCAGGCAUGUCCAGAAUCUGAAGCUUCCCUCCAAUUCAACUCAUUCAUUCCUUUAAACUUAGUCUUUCAAAACUCAUUUCAAUCAUUUUUAACGCAGAACCAGAUUCCUAAGUUCGUCCUAAAGCACCCGAAUAAGUGCCCAGGCAGGUAUCUCAGGCUUGAAACUGGCAUCUCAUCGUUAUAGAGUACAAUACAUUUGCUGCUCUUCAUCUUUUCGAGGGCUAAUAAAUUCAUGUAAUGCAAA